CUGAAGUGGGGCGGAUGGAAGAAAAACAGCGGCGAUGGAAAUUACACCGCGGGAUUCCCAUUUACGAUGUCGUUAAACAAGCAUCGGAACAUCGCGUUUUCACACCUAUCAUCCUAGGACACUGACAGGCCAACAAAACGGGAUGCUGUACUUUCACCACUCCCUGUACUCUCAAGUCCAUCAAUGACCCUUUCAGCGAGAUCCCAGGAAGCCUAGGAGGCGACGGCGAGUGAAACAAAAGGAGCGAGCGAAACACGGAAACGAGGACAGGAAGUAGUCACGGCUCACCUCGGCUCUCGCGUCCCCCCCUUUGUGCCCGUCGGUCAGGGAUGGUGAGACCGGUAACCUCUCUUCCCUGUGGUGCAAACGACGUCCCUGCCUCCCCUCGCAACUCCCGCCAGCCAAACAGACGCUCAGACAGUCCACCAGUCAACCAGCCUGCUAUCGUCCAGCAACCUAUUACCUCACGCCAUGACUGCUCUGUCUGACCUGUUUUUAGGAACUCACUAAUUCAUGCCCCGGAGUGUGAGUGGAGUGGAGAUGAGAAAAAGGCAGGCGGCACACAUCGAGGCCCCACCCCAGGCCCCUGGACAGCCCCGACCCAACACCUGCUGCCUCUGCUGGUGCGGCUGCUGCAAGUGUCUCUGGAAUGAAGACAGGAUGGAGAGGAGUGAGCGACAGACCUGCACCAAGAUGGACAGUAUUGAAGCUGCAGAAGAACAACACGCCAGUCUGGAGGAGGUGCUGUCGUGGUCACGGAGCUUUGAGCUGAUGCUGCGCUCGUUGGAGGGCCGGGAGGUCUUCCGGGAGUUCCUGCGCUCAGAGUACAGCGAGGACAACCUGCUUUUCUGGUUGGCCUGCGAAGAUCUGAAGAAAGAGACGGAUUCCUCGGUGGUGGAUGAGAAAGCCAGGAUCAUAUACGAAGACUACGUGUCCAUAUUAUCACCCAAAGAGGUGAGUCUGGACUCGCGGGUCAGAGAAGGAAUAAACCUGACCCUGGCGGAGCCCAGCAACCUGAUGUACGAGGAGGCCCAGUUUCAGAUCUACACCCUGAUGCACCGCGACUCCUUCCCCCGUUUCCUCAACUCCUCCGUUUACAGAGACCUCCUGGCCAACAGGAGGCGCACCUGCCUCGACACCUAGACCCCUCCGCCCUCCCUCAUCGCCAUCGUACGCCAACGAGACUACUACUUAAAACUUCAAAUACUACUAUGGUGCCAGAAGUCGGGUUUGGAAAAUCUCUCCCUCUCUUUUGAUUGAAAAGACUGAAUGACAUCCAAGAUAGCUGGUUGUUUUUUUUAUUUAUAUUUUUUAAGCAGUUUAUAUCCAGUUCUCCACUGGAGCCAGGUCGGCCUUUGCUGGUUGGUUAUUGGUCAGAUUUAAGACCAUUAAUGCUGGCCAGUGAUUGUUUUGCUAGCAAUUUGUGCUGUCUGUUACGGUUGACUGGCCAACCCACGUGUCAGCGGUCGGUUGAGGUGGCCGACCUGAUGGCCAGCUGUUGGUUAACCGUGGACAAGGACUCCUCAGGCGGUGGGGACAGAAGCAGAGAGAGAGAGGAAAAGGACAAGCCAGCUGUUCCUGUAGUGCGAUAUUUAGACCUCAUGCUUUCUGCCCUCACUUUGAUAUAACGUUACUCAUCCUCUUUCACGUUGUUUUCUCUAAUCCUGUGCCAUUCCUCAGAUGCGUUUGAUUUUUAUUUCUUUACUGUCCGAACGUGACGCCUAGUUGUUUGUGGGAGUUUGGGCCGUCCCCGCCCUUCUAACCAGUAGAAUCACUGGCUCCGCAUGUAACUCUCUCUCUCUACAGUAGCUUGACGAUGUAAGCCGCGGACUGCAACCGUUUUUGAAUAUUGAGAUGUAUUCAGACAGGGGACCUGUCUCUCUGUCUGGCUGUCUAUGUUCAGUGAAGGGAAAAAGUACACUUCUGCCAAUUUAAAGCUUACUGCAGUUUUUUAUUGAGGAGACUCGAUGGCUCCUGCAGCAAAGGCAGCAGCAGCAGCAGCACCUAUCCAUCCACCCGCCGGUCCAUCCGUCCGUCUGUCCGUCCAAACACUUUCCUUCUUUAGGAUUCUUUAACUGGGAGAAGUAAGGGCUAGAAUUGUGGUUGGGCAGCUACAUGUAUUAUUAUUACUCAUGAACUUUAGACAAAAAAAAAUCUCUCAACUGAGAAAAUCACAAUGCCUUUACAUGUAAGAAAAGGCAGCACAAGUGCUGCUGGAGUUUUUCUGGAAAGCAACCACAGUUUGUCCAACGAUCCCUACCUCCCAUCUUUUUUUCCUCCCCCGCCCCGCCCCGCCCCGCCCCGCCCCUUCUCCCUCCAACUCAGACCAUCACAGCCUGACAAGCACAGGUGCCCAAUGUGGGGGGACGAAAAACGCCGCUGGAGAAAACACAAGCAAACCCACAUUGACUCCAAAUGGUCAACUCCAUUUUGAAAAUCUCGAGCAGAAAACAGAGGGUUUAGCUUGAAAAGCGAAUUGAGCGCAUUGAGCUGGUUCUGCUUGGAGAACAGAAGCAGAUGAAGCAGGCACUGAAAUCAUUGGGCUAUUGAGCCCUGGCCUUUGUCUGUAAGGCUUUAUUUUAGACGCUGUAGGUAACAUGGCAGUCCCUGGAGUCGGACGUCCAGUAUCACACUGCAGAUUUGUGACCCGGGUGCCAAACAUAAUGUCAAAGAUGCUGUGAAGAGAUAUUAGCUGUGACUUGUCACCAGGCUGUAGAGUCUCUGUCAUUCCAGUGCAUGUCUGCUACUCCAGCAGAUGAAGCCGGGAGAGUGUGUGGUAGUCCUUCGGUUAGCUACCGCCCAUCAAGACACUCGUUUUCUUACCAGAGCUAGCGAGGAGGGUUGGUGUAACAAUGCUAACAGGCUACGGUGCCGGGCUAGCAAAGAGGUUUGCAUUAGUCAAGCUGGCCCUUUCAACAAGGCUAGCUAGGUUUCAGCAUGCUGUUUGGCAAGCAGUUAGCAUGCUUGAGCUAGCCAAGAUAAUCCUCCAUCCCACUGCCAGCCCUCACACACACACACACACACACACACACUGGUUUGUUUUUCUAAUCUGACUUUGACAGCAUGCGAUGAUAAUGGCUAUGUGUGUGUAUGGUACAGUUACACACUUAACAGAAAAAUUUAGAAAAAAAAAAUAAAACUUUAAGCGGUUCUUGCCAAAUGUCCCACUAACAUUUUUAGUAUAUAAAAGGACAUUUUGUUUUUUGAUGAUAUGAACAUUUGAACAUGAACUUUGUUCCUGGCCUGUGGAUGUGCAGUAGAAAGUGCAUGAGUGCAGUAUACGCUUUUUUUUAUUAUAACUGGGCCUCCAAUCAUACAGAUUAUGUCACGUGAUGGAUAGCAGACCUCUUGGUUUGAUGGUUAGUGCAGUCUUAAAGUGUCAAUGGAACAGUGCCAGUCCUCACUGAGAAAUGUAGGCAUCCACGUUGCCGCCUCCUUUUAACUACCUGAAGUUCACGUGCCAAGUUUGGUCUAGAUUAAAUUUAGGAGUAGACAGUGCAGGAUGUCUAGCAGACUAUUGAAGUGCAAUUGGAUGUAGUUAGUCAUUAUAGAUUAGAGUCUAUUUGAAGCUGUGUCCCAUUGUGUUAGAUUGGUUUUGAAUUGGUUAUCUUGUAAAUUACUAAUCACGACUCCAUGCGGGAUGCUCAGAAUGUUUUAAUGCGUUUGCAAGUUUUAUUAGAGGAACUAACUAAGGACGCAGAUAGUUAAAAGAAAAAAAAAAAAGAAAUGCAGGUCCUCUGCUGGAGCCUAAAUAAACAACAGUCCGUGGAAUCAUGGGAUUUAGAGUUUUCCUCCAGAUUUAUUUUCACUUCAAAAUGCCAACUGGAUGAAGCUGCCAGUUCAAAACCAAGCUAUCAUAAUACUGCAGCAGCUUUCUGUCGUGAGGUAAAGAAAGCAAGUCUAAACCAAUAAUCACACAACAGUUUGCAAUGUUCCUUAUUGAAAAUAUACUAUAUUUAACCUUUGGCAAUACAGUACACACAUGCAUCCUACAUUAAUACCCAUAAGGACUUGAUUGAUAUUGCUUAGCUGCUUUUAAUGAAGAGCUGUGCAUGCAUGCGCUCAGUUGAUCGGAAGCAGAGGAAUACAGAGUAAUUAAUCAAUUCUGAUAUUGGAUCAGUUUUCACACUUAUUCCCUGGAGUUGUUUUCAUUUCCAGGAAACAAAAGCAUUUCGUAUUUGGACGACUCUGUAACUUUGUGACUCAGCAGAAUAACACCCGACCUGCAGACGAAUCCCUGUUCUGCACCGUACGGCCGCAUUUCCUUGUUGCAGAGUCUCUACAGUAAUUAAGACGAGAAUGUUUCACCAAGAACCAGAUAAUGAAAUCAUGGUGCAAUUAAACCGAGUUUACAUUUAUAAAUUGUGAGAUGUGUUUUAACCUUAUGAAAUGCUCGUAACAGUGGGGAGCUAGCUGUCCCCAGUGUGAGCAGAGACGCCAGCAGGUUUAGGGCUGGCAGGACACUCUGCCCUGUGCUAACUCUGUUAGCACCUCACAGGGUUUACAGGGAGGACAGACACAGCAGAAACCCAGGUAACAGUGUUUUACAGGGAGGACAGACUCGGCACAAACACAGGUUUGCUGCCGACGUCCUUUCCUCUUAAUUUAUUGUGACUUUUACACAGCGGGGAAAAGUACACGGUUGUUUAUUUUUAAUAACUGCAUUUCAAAUGUGGAUUUUACAAGCAAUGACGACGAUGUGAAGUGAUGUAGUGUCAUCGCCGACUUCAGAUUUUUGUCUUUAAAUUUCCACGGGUGGGGUUGUGAAACGUGGCUGUGGUUUUAUCGACUGAAGACAAGGUUGAGAGCUGAAAUGCGCUGAUAGGGCGGAGGAGGUUUGCGAAGCUUUGGCCUUACUGACACGUUUUAUUUUAUUUCCUUUGUAUAAAAAAAAAAACAACGACAAACGUCUCUGUAGGCUUUUCACUACCUCUCAUGUUGGUUAAUUUAUUUCACAUCUAGUUGUUAAUGUACAAGUUGUUUUUAGAUCUACUUGAAACCUAACACUGUAAACAAAAAUGUGCACAGAAAAAUGACUAUGUAUAUGACCAGAGGGGUUGAAGAGAGCUUGGCCUAGUCGACAUUAUUUUUUCGUUUGUAUGUAUGUUUGUUUUUAAUUGUGUUGAGCUGAACUAGAUUUUGCAUCUCUGUAAAGAAUUCAGGAAUCCACUGUCUAAGGGCUAAUCCCAUUUUUGCCUAUGCAAAUCUGUUACUGUGGCUGAGUUGGGAAAGGGCGACUACCGCACCUUUCACCUGUGUUAGAUGGACCAUGGUUUACAUUGCCCUUUGCUGAUAUUCUUCAAUCUUAUUCAGCAAAAAUGUACGCUUAUUUUUGUUUCUAUAUAAAUAUUAUAUAUAUAUAUAUAUACACAUAUAUAUAUAUAAAACAAGUAAUAUACAGAGAAAAUAGUAUAUGCCUUCGUGAUGAUAAAAAAAGAAACCUUGCUGAAAACAAAUAAAUGUUGUCUGACAUUAUGUGGCUGUGUGCUGGAGUCUUGGUAAGAUGAUGAAGACGACUGGAAUUCAGACUUGACUGUAAAGCUCACUGACUGAAAACUCUCAUUACUCAGGCUACAACUAGUAGCUGACCCUGUGCAGUAUUUCCUAACGGAGGGCGAGAAAACUUCAUUUAAUAGCGGAGCAACCACAUCCUUGACUUUCUGUGACAGAUGUCGUCAUCCAGCCCCAGCGUGUGAGGUCAGUAAGGUGUUUCGGACCACACGGGACUUGUCCUUGUCAUUUUUCACUGUAACGUUUGGUCGUUUUAAAAGCGAGACUGUGUAACUUUUGCCAAACGAAGGCCUUCGUUGCCGCAGGUGACAGCUGAGGGAUAUGAGUGGGAGUGAAUGAUAAAAUGUAGCACAAGCGGGACAAGAGUCAAGUCAUGAAGUGACUAUAUGAGUCAUGACACAAGCAAGUGGUCACACCAGACCCAGGAAGGCUGCAACGCCAGAACCUUUGAGUACACUGUUUUACUGCUCAUGAAUAUUCACCUGUAGGCGUCAAAGUGCGUCACUUCCUAAUUCAAAAGUUACAUCGUCUCACUUUGAAGGGCUGACUUGGAGCAAACCGGGAAACAAGCUGCGUUAUUGAGGGUAUCUGCCUUUGAGAUGUGCACUGUCUGUACACGAGUCACAUUUUAUAACCAGUAAUUCAUCAAGAAAAUAAGAGAAAAAAAUCCACUUGCCAUGAAGCGAUUAACAUUUUAGCGUCAUUACCUUUCCGUUGUUUGUCAGUGGACGCUGCACGGCUGUCGUGAAUUUGUAAUAAAAUGAGUGCAGCGUCAUCAGCAGCAGAUUUUUCUAUUCUUAUUUUGUUUGUAGCCGCAUCCAGUCCAGACUAUCACUGUGUUAAUACAGUAGCGUUGAUCAGCCGAAGUGGCGCCGCUAAUGCAAGAUGUAAGAAAAGUCAGUGAUACUUUACUCGCGAGACCAUUCGCUCAGCUCUUAUGAGCCACUUUGAGCUUCGAGCUGAGCUUUGAUUGAGGUCUUUUAACUCUUUGUGCAGAAAAUUUUGCUCCUGGAAGCGAGAAGAGGAGGGUUGAUGGAUAGAUUUUUCCCACAAUUCCUCACAGCGCGUCAUGGCUGAAGAAAGACGGGUUUAUCGACUGAUGUUGCUUUGAAACCUGCUUUGUGCGUUUCCCUCGGUUGGAUUUGGUGCCUCUUUAUGCUUCACAACAGACCUCAAGAUCUCUUUCUGUCUCUCUUUCUCCGUCUGUCUCUCUUUCUCUGGGGCUCUCACCUCCUCUCUCUGCAAAAUCACACACACAACACAGUUCAUAGCAGUUAAGAGCAGAGUUUUACAGCAAAAAUCACACCGACGUUUGUUCCUCCUACAUGAAUGCCGUCGCCCUCAUAUCGUCUCUUUUGUACCUCUUCCAGAGGUGUUUGUGCUACUUUCGCAAAGAGAUCAUGUUUGUGCAGGUACUGGUUGAAGUUGGUUUUCAACAGUUUUAGGCAAUCACUUUUCUCUUUAUUGAUUUAGAUGCCUAAGCCUCUUGGUUUUUGUCAUGCCUUUGUAGAUAGAUCACAGUCAUCGCGAGAUGAUCUGCAGGUGAAAAUAAAAACAAUUUUACUGUCACUUUAGGCGAUUAAAAAAAAAGUGACGUUUUUUCUAUUCAGCAUGCUUUUUGCUAAAUAAAUGAAAUAAUUCAGUUAUUUGCUAUAAACGAUACUGUAUGAGUAUGUAUUCAAGUACUGCAGUAUGCAGACAAUUAAAAAUAUCAGAAACUCUUUUGAGAGGUUCAUAUUUUUCUUCUAAUAUGUUUCACUAAUAUUGAUGGCUAUGGGUUCUUAAUUCUUGUUUUGAGUGUCUUAUGGAUUGCCAGAAUGACUAAAAGACCCUCUUUGUAUUAACAAAUAUAGACUAUGGUUGGUUAUUUCCACGUGCAUGACUUGCAAAUCAGUUUUACAUGGACAGUGCUAGCGCAGCAGGCUUUUUAAUCAAGAGUUUGGUCAGUCGAGCUCAAGUUUUCACUGUUUUUCACUGGUUGCUUGACGGCUUUUGAUGAUGACUGAGAUCCUGACUUUUAUUCACAUCAAGGCAGAGGAAGCUUCCUCCUUAAGGCCGCUAAGGGUCAACAAGGCUGUGUGGAGUGAAAUCUUAUUUCUUUGGCCGAGCCUUAUCUUGCCUCACAAAGCAAAUGUGACCUCUUAGCAGUAAGGUUUUAAAAAGACGACGGACCUUCAAACAGCAGCCAGUAAGAGCGAGCUCGUGAGUUCGGUAGAUUGAGCAACUUCCUCGAACAUCUCAGACCACUGUGUCCCUCACGUUCAGGAUCCGAUUGCUUUUCGUCAUGACUUUGAAUUUUAUCAAAGGAAAGUGAUCCGCAGACGCUGUCUAAAGUGCCCUGAGAUGCGGAAAUCCCUUAAGUGUAGCAUUGAAACGAAUUUUCUAUCUUAUUAGUCCAACCUUGACAAAACACCUUCCUGUGUUGUCGAGUAGCACAGGAGGGACUCUUCUCCUCCAGCCUCGUCUUACAGGGAUGUGAAUCUCUAUUCAAGACAGAGCUGGGACAGAAUUAACAGCACUGAGCGUGACGGAGUUUGUACAUUGUGAGGUUAUGUUGGUAUUGGCAAUUUUCUGCAUGAUAGUAUAAUACAGAUGUGACUGUAGUUUUCACCAGUGACACUCGAAUCCACAUUAAAGAAAUAUGUAUAAGUCUAGUGUAAAAAAUGUGGAAAACUCUGCUUGGUUAACAAAAUUUACAUUAGCUGUGUCGAACUGUAGCUAAAACAUGAUGGAUGUGAAGCGUUCUUCAGAAAUACUCUGACAUUUUUGGGAAAUACACUUAAAUGAGAAGAUUGAUACCACUCUCACAUCUGUGUGCUAACUGUGAAGCGACAGCUGGCAGCUAGUUAGCUAGCUAGGACUAACUGGGUGAAAGUGUUAGCCUGGCUCUGUCCACCUCUACAGAUCACUUAUUUUACCUUGUUUGUUCAAUGCGUAUAAAAAAACAAGUGUAAAAACAAACAAUUUGUUGUUUAAUGGGGGUUAUAUGACUGUUCCAACACAGCUAACGUUAAAAAAAUAGUUUUGCUAACUUUAGCUAACCAGCUGCUGGCUUCAUGUCUUUUUAGCUAGCUAACUCUCAGCAAGCAAGUAAGCGUAUUUCCCAAAUGUCAAGCUAUUCCUUCAAAAGAACAUUAAAAAUCGAUGAGCUAUGUAAAAUUAAAGCAAAAAAGAUGGAAAAACAAGGUUGAAUUUGCCUGAUACACACAAUGCAACUGUCCCACUAAGUACAACAAUGCUCCUUUGGUGGAUAGUAUGUGCCAAAAUUAUAAUCUACCUUUUGUUUCAGUGUGAAGGGGUCAAAAGAAUAGUUGGAAUAUAAAAUCACAUGUUCAGUUGGACUUCUUCACGAGGACACAUUUUGUUAUUUGUCUUUUCACGUUGCUGUCGUGGGUUUGUGUCAUCUCCCUGAAUCAUCCACGUAUAAUCGACUUCAUUGACAUGUAACCAACAGACCUGAGGACUCUGUACGACAGGCACUGAACAUUGUGAAGUGUGACUGAUGUGGAUUACGAGCAACCAUAUCGGACCCAACUGAAACUGUAACUGUCCUAAAUAUAGCUGUUCACUAUGUUUAAUUUGUUUUGUACUGUUUUAAUUUAUUUUAACAGGUUUAUUUGAGUCACUUUUUUUUUUGUAUCUCAAAAGACACAAAAAUGGUUGUUCAUCAGCCUUUAACUUCAUAUGAGUUUCCAUCACGUCAACGGCGUGUUCAGUUGUGGUACGUUUUGAUCGACGGUUCAGUCUCUGUCUUUGUUUACACGAUGACAUCUUGCAUUAAGAGAAAAUUCCAAUAUGUGGGAACUGCCCUUGAAUAUCUGUAAUUUAAAUA